AUGGUUGGUAUGGGUCAAAAGGAUUCUUAUGUUGGCGACGAAGCCCAGAGUAAGAGAGGAAUUCUCACAUUGAAAUACCCCAUUGAGCACGGUAUUGUCACCAAUUGGGAUGAUAUGGAAAAAAUUUGGCACCACACCUUCUACAACGAACUCCGUGUGGCCCCUGAAGAACACCCUGUCCUUCUCACAGAGGCGCCUUUAAAUCCCAAAGCUAACCGGGAAAAAAUGACUCAAAUCAUGUUCGAAACCUUCAAUGCCCCCGCCAUGUAUGUUGCCAUCCAGGCUGUCCUUUCUUUGUACGCUUCUGGUCGUACAACCGGUAUUGUCCUUGACUCGGGUGAUGGGGUCACCCAUACCGUACCAAUCUAUGAAGGUUAUGCCCUCCCCCACGCUAUCCUCCGUCUUGACUUGGCUGGACGUGAUCUUACUGACUAUCUCAUGAAAAUCCUAACUGAACGUGGUUAUUCAUUCACAACUACAGCUGAGAGGGAAAUUGUGCGUGACAUAAAGGAGAAAUUGUGCUAUGUCGCUCUUGAUUUUGAACAUGACAUGGGAACAGCUGCGUCGUCUUCCUCCCUUGAAAAGAGCUACGAGUUGCCUGAUGGUCAGGUAAUCACUAUUGGUAACGAGAGGUUCAGAUCUCCAGAAUCUCUCUUCCAACCUUCCUUUUUGGGUAUGGAGUCCUCAGGAAUCCAUGAGACAACCUACAACUCCAUAAUGAAAUGCGAUGUCGACAUCAGAAAAGAUUUGUACGCUAACACCGUAUUGUCCGGUGGUACCACUAUGUUCCCUGGAAUUGCUGACCGGAUGCAGAAAGAAAUCACAUCUCUGGCUCCCACUACGAUGAAGAUAAAAAUCAUAGCUCCUCCUGAGCGUAAAUAUUCGGUUUGGAUCGGUGGCUCCAUCUUGGCUUCCCUGUCUACCUUCCAGCAGAUGUGGAUCAGCAAGCAGGAAUAUGACGAAUCUGGUCCGUCUAUCGUUCACCGCAAAUGUUUCUAA